AUGUGUCGUUUCCUUGAAGGUCUACAUAUGGACGGCACUCGGAAAAAGACAACAUUCUUGCAAAGUGUCGCAGGAAAAAGCUAUUCAGCUGAUAAGCGAUACAGGAUGCUGCACGAAAAAGUAACGGAUAAUGUGAAAGCUGUCAUCAAAGUUGGGGAAAUCAAUUAUGAGAAAUACAAGGAUCUGAAUUCUUCCAUGGAACAUGUGCUGAACCUUUUGAUCCAGCUUAGAGCAGAAAUACAAAGACCAAGAGAAGGCUGUAGCUCUAUUAAUACUGACCAUGUUGUUGAGACUGUGCUCAGCCGUUUGUCAUCUGAACUGAUAACGAAAGACAAAGAAAUGAAUUCGAUGCUAUCAAAACAGAGGAAAGAAAUUGAAGAAAAUAUCCAACGAACAUCAGACGAAUGGUUCCUGAAGUACAAGGAGUUGACAACACAUCUGGAUAAUUUAGAAGUUGAGGCUCAAAAUAAUUUUCAGAAAGUAUCUGAACAGCAAAAUAAUACGAUGGUUCAACAAAGAAAAGACAGCGAAUUAACUAAUUCUAAAAUUUCUGACAUGUCGUGUGAGGUACAAAACCUCCAAGACAAAGUGAUGCAACUCACUUCGACUGUUGCGGCAAAUGAAACAAAAAUGAGCGAAGAAUUUGCAAAAAAUAGCGAGCUCUUAAAAGCAAGUAUCUUGAAACUUUCAACAAUAGAAAUAACCAAAAGUUUAAAAGAUCCUAUUCAGAAAAUAAAAGAAAACUCCAGUAAAAUAAGUAAAGUAGAAAAGAAAAAUGUGGAAUUAGAACAACGCUUAUUAAACUCAACAGAUGUUAUAAAGCGCGAUAUUUCAGAAAUAUCAAUUACGCUGCAAGUAUUCGAAAAAAGGUUAGACACUGGAUCUUCAACUUUAGCCCCCAAAAAACAAAUUAGUGCGAUAAACGAUGCACAGAUUAAAAAAACAAAUUCUGAGUUAUCAUCUGAAUCAAGAAAGAAUACAACCAAGCAAAUUAAAACAUCACCUGACAAAUCUGAGGAAAAAGAACAAGCUACUUCCAAUGAACAAGAUAUGCGAAAGAAGUUCACACGCCUUGUGGCUGACAGAUUAAAACCACCUGAAGAUUCUAGUGCUUUUUACUAA